CGAAGGUGUCACGCGCUGGGAAAGAGCUUGAUGUGAAGGGGAGAUAAGUCAGAAAUCAAAAUGGCAGUCACAGGUGCUGUGCUGAGAUCUGCCUACACUCAAUUUUCAAGGAUAUUAUCUGCACAAGGUUUAAGAUCAGGGCAAAAGGAAGUUGCAGGUUUGAGAUGCCCCCUGACAUGCAUCAGUGUACAUCUGAGAAGUCAGCAGUUUGGUGGCACCUGUGGGAGAAUGUUUUCUAAUUCUUCAAGUAGUGCCACAAGCAGCCCAGCUGCUGAGCUGAGCACACGCCCAGAGUGGAGUCUGGCUGCUACUAACAGUAAAGAUAUCAUUAGUAACAUUGAAUCAAAGCUGGGGAGUGCCGACCUGGGACGUCUGUUUGCUGUUGUUCAUGUUGGAGGAAAACAGCGCAAAGUGACGUCUGAAGACAUCAUCAUUGUAGAGCACAAUUUCCCUCCAACGGUUGGAGACAAGAUCAGGCUGGAGAAGGUGUUGAUGGUUGGCAGUAAAGACUUCACCAUGGUCGGUCGUCCAGUGCUCAGCCGAGAGCAAGUCUAUGUGGAGGCCACCGUUGUGGAGAAGACACUCUCUCACUUCAAAACCAUCUUCAACUAUGUGAAGACAAAGGGGCAUCGCAAAUAUAAAUUGAAGCGAAAUGAACAGACACUGCUCGUCAUCAAUAACAUCCAGCUGAGGCAGAUCACCUCCUGAAACCAUGGAAACAGGAACAGCAUCCAGCAAAUAUUCUGCAUGUAUUUGAAGCGAAUGUGACCAUGUCUGUCCCCCAUACAUUUACAAACUGACAUAAAGAAAUGUGUUGUGUCGUCUAAGUGAUAUGUGUUCUCCUGCCCAAAGUGUUACAUGCCAUGAGACCCGUGAAGGUCCGGGGUAGAACAGGUCUUCAGCAACCCGUACUUGCCCUAAAAGGCGAUUAUGCUUGUCGUAAUAGGUGACUAACAGGAUCGGGUGGUCGGGAUCGGGUGGUCAGGC